AUGAAGUACGCAGAGGCCAAGGCCUUGUCCGAUAAAGGCCCCUCGGCCCUCAUCGCGCCGCCAGAUUUCCAGCCUGCGGCAGAGAGCGACGACGGCCAGGUCAGCAGCUGGGAAGACAUAGAAGAUGGUCAGGAGUUCUUGGGCUUUCGUGCAGUCAUCACGCUGCUCAGCGUCAAUGCGAACGUGAACACCAGGAAGGAGCUUCCCAAGAUUCGAAGCGACGUCAUGAAAGAGCUGAUGUCGCCGAAGGGACAGGAUCUACCUGGCAAACUCGGCGCCUACAGGGAAUUCAGCAACGCCGUGCCAUGUGGCUGGAUGCCAAAUGAGCCGCGGGCGGCGCCGCUUCCCCACGACGCUGAGCCCUGUCGAGAGCCGCCAAGCUUCUGA